UUCAUAAUGGGCAAACAUUCGUGGCAGUACUCGGUGGUUAUGAUUUACAAAUGCCUCCUGAUAGAUCUUUGGUCCUUCCUUUUAAUUUGGAAGGAGAAUACACAUUUACCCUGAAGGGCACUGUGGGUCAAAUAUUAACCAUCACUGUUCACCCAAGGCAAGAACACACUAUUGAAGUAACCAAUGAUGGCUUUCAAGAAGAUAUUAUCAGAAUCAGCAAAGGAACCUCUAUUAAAUGGUACUGGAAGCAAUGUGCAGUUCGGCACACAGUUCUUGAAGUUCUAUACUGUGUUAGACAUGCAAGGUUUUAUGCUAAAUCUCAGCUACCCCAGAUGGGAACAUUGACAGGAAGUCACCGACAACAAUUCAAAAAGCCUGGUGUGUAUUACUUUCAAACAGAAAGUUCUGAUGUCAAUAAACUCCAUUAUUGCGCAGUUGUUGUCAGCGAGAUGAAUCGGGAAUACAAAAUCAAUGUUUUAGACAAUAUGUUCCAGCCAUCGAUUCUUGUGAUAGAAGAAGGUGAAAUUGUCUGGUGGCAUUGGAGCCAAGAUCUGUGUGAAAAUUCCCAUGCUGUUUUCCAAAUAGAACCACCUGGAUUAAACACUUCUUUAUACCAAACAUAUGAGCCUGUAGAAGAUGGUUUCAUGUGGAUGGAACCCAGUUCUCAAGGGUUAAUGGCUCAGACAUUUACAAAACCAGGAGUUUAUUACUAUUCGGAUCAAAACGAGCAAUUUUCAGCUGACAUCAUUGGUACAAUAAUCGUCAAAUCCAAACCAAAAGAUCAUCAUGUUAAAGUCAAUAACCAAACUGGUUUCAUUUGUGAUUUAUUGCGAUUAGAAACAAAUGACCGAAUCUGGUGGAACUGGAUAGACAAAGACAACAAAAUAAGCAGCUUCAAUGAAUUAGACAGAUAUAUAAACCCUGUUGUGAAGCAACCGUUACUAUGUUGCAUAGAUAAAACUGACGAAAUGGAUGAAGAGAGCAAAGAGAUUUUGAGCAAAGUUGGACUGAUUUGUGUGUGUAUAACAACAAUUGGUGUUUAUACAUAUACUGUGACCUGUAUUCAAGAUAUUGUUAGCACUUGCACUGUGAUUGCUAAGCCUGCUCCAAAGAAUCAUACAAUACACAUUACAGAAGAUGGUUAUGAGAAGCAUGCUAUCACUAUUCGGCCCCAUGACUAUGUCUGGUGGGUGUGGCAGAAUGAAAAACUCCCUCACAAUAUUGUACAGGUUACUUAUUCCUAUGAGCCAGUCCAAGGAGGAUUCAACAGCGGAGCAGUCAGAGAGUCACCUUCUGCUUUUAUGCAUCAGUUUCACACACCAGGUACAUAUUAUUAUCAAAGUUUUCCAAUUAAGAAAAUAGGUGUUAUUCAAGUCACAACUCAAACACAGGUCCAAGAAGUAUCAGUAAACAUCGGGGACAUCAGACCAGACCCAAUAGUCAUUAAUUUGAAUGACAUUGUAUGUUGGGUGUUUAAAGUCCCCAAAUUAUAUGAUCUACAGGAAGUUGAUUUUUUAAAAAGAGUCAUAUCAUCCGAAACAAAAGAUGAGGAACUUGUCAAACGGCGUUGCAUAGCAAAAGUUCUUGAAAAGUCUGGCCUGUUUCAUUUCACCUCCAAAUCUUUCUUAAAACAAAAGGGGAACAAUGAGAAUGAAACUGUAUUAAGUACAGUCAUAGUGGACCCUGUCAAUGACAGCACUGUGGUGUAUGUGGAUAAUAUGGGAUUCCAUCCACAAAGUGUUGUUUUGGAAAAAGGCCAACAGGUUGUAUGGAAAUGGACAGAACCUCACAACAUUGUACAUGUUACAUAUUCUUCAGAAGCUGAAACAUCUGGAAUUGUCAGUGGAAAGCGUUCAUUCAACAGUGGCAAAGCUAUCAGUAACAGUCAAUUCUGCCACAAUUUUUAUGAUCCCGGUGAACAUACGGUCAUAUCAGAAAGGGCUCUGGAUUAUUAUGGCAGUGUAACAGUUAUUGAAAAUGCUCCUAAACUAAAAAUGGCAUAUUUUAUUGAUGACUUCACUGAUAAAGAACUUUGUUCUGGAGAUAAAAUUAAACUAGCUCAUCCUCUGAGCAACAAUGCUGAUUAUAAUUUGAAGCUAUACUACACACUUGAUGGCACUUAUCCUCAUCCAUACAACAAAAGUACGAUGGUAUAUGACGACGAAUGUGGAAUUGUAUUUCUUCAAGGUGGAAUUCAUGUCAUACGAGUUAUAGCCCAAUGUAAAGGUUUUCAGAGCAGUGAUGUGCUAAACUCACAACGGUUUUAUUCUUCCCCAACAGUGAGCCCUGAUGUAAGACCAACUGCUUCCAGGGCAAGAUCAGUGGAUUAUGUCACAGAAGAUGGACCAAAAGAGAUUUUAUGGAAAUGGUGGUCAUGUGAGCCUUGUAUUCGUUUGGAAUCUAUGGGAUCAGGAAAGAUUCUUCUGACCUGGAAUAGACUAACUAGCCAACUGAUUGAACUGGUCAGUGGAUAUAAAUUGUUUCUCAACAACGUGAACUAUAGUACCCUGAUUUUUCCAAACUUUAACUCUUUACAAGUGAAGGGUUUGGCUGCUGGACAGAAAUACUCCAUCCAUUUGAAGGUUAUUGCAAGAUCUGUUGAUCUGAAACCAAUCGAAUCAAAUACUAUAGUAUAUAACUGCCCUUAUUGUACAUCCAAAAAUGGACCGUUAAUUUCUCUGGAACUUGGUAGCAAUGAUAACUGCUUAGCUAUUCGAUGGGCUCCAAUCAAAGACCCUGAAAUUGCAUACUAUCAAGUUUAUCAGAAUAAUGUGAAAUGUAUAUCAAAGAUCCCACAUUUGAGUAAUACCAAACCAAUGAGUGUGGUUCUGAAGCAAAGUGAACCGAAUGUCCUCGCAAGUAUUUACGUUGAAGCAAUUCCGAGAAUAAAGCAGUGCGACGAAACAGAUGAUUCUGUGAAACCAAUAACAUCAAAUGUCCUUGAUAUAAAGAUGACCGAUGUAAUUAAAUAUUUAGAAAGGCUUUCACCCAUUGAAAGAAUAAAUACCUCAGAACCGUUCCUGGAAUAUAUUACUGUAAAAGAAAAUUCUGUCAUGACCAAUUCUUCACAAUCUUCAGAAUUUACAUCAUCAACAAUGUCUUCGAAUAACGAGAGUGAUACUCUGUCAGUAUCUGAAUCAAGCAGCACUGAAAUAGCUGAUCAAUCUCCUAAUGAGGAUGCACUCAAUGAACAGCUGAAAACUGUCUUGAGUCCAACUCAAGACUCAUCAGGAACAACAAAGGGUUCAUCUGAAAAUGGAAACAUACCUAAAGAAAAUAGUCAAACUGAAAAUGGAAAUAACCCGAAAGAAAAUAAUCAAGAUGGAAAUGGAAACGUCCCAAAAGGAAACAGUCAAACUGAAAAUGGGAAUAUACCAAGAGAAAAUAGUCAAUCUUAUAUUGAAAACAGUGUACAUAUAAAGGAAGUUUCUUCUUUCACGGAAGUUUCAUCUGUCAAAGAAGUUUCAUCUGUCAAAGAAGUUUCAUCUGUCAAAGAAGUUUCAUCAGUUGUGGAGACUACCACCGUGAAACCGGUUUCACUUUCCCCAGUCAAAGAAGUUCCAUCUGCUGCUGAGGUCUCAUCAGCUACAGAAACUGUUAAAGAGGUUUCCACCAUCAGUUUGGUGCUACAAAUCGAGGAUCACUAUCAGGACAAUGCCGUAGUACUAAGAUGGGAAGAAUCGGCAACUCCACUGUCCAAUUAUGAAGCAAAAAUAUUUUCUGUUUCAGUGUCAGGAACCAGUUUUCUAACAAACAUUAACAGCAAUCUGAGUUAUGAAUGUAAUAUAAACAGAGAUGAUACAACUAUAAGAGGUACACUUCAUUGCUGGGAUGUAACCAAAGAGAAAACCUGCAGAAUCAUCGGUCUCUGCCCUGGAUUAGCCUAUAAUUUCUCUGUCAAUGGAACAUAUUCAAGUGGAGAUGAAAAUCUAAAUAUCAAGUCUUCUGAGAAAGUCUACUCACUGAAAGGGCCACCUGGACCUCCAUCACUAACUUCUUUCAAAGUUGAUUUAUAUACGGUUUCAUUCUGCAUUGAAGAACCAAAAGAGCUCCAUCCUGAUCUUAAACUGACAGGUUUCAAAGUAUUUUAUAAUUCUCAAUGUGAUGAGCAACUAAUUAACACACCUGCCACUAGAAUUGAAAAGGAAAUCAAACCAGGCUCAACAGUAACAAUAACUGCUGUAGCUGUACCAGACCAAAAUAUUGAAAAUAGCAAGCAGUGUUCACCAGUUCAUGUUUCCUGUCCUGCUUCUCCAUUGGCACCAGCUAUAGAAGAACAGACAUCUUUCAAAUCAGGUUGCAUCAUAAUUGGCUGGAGUAAACCCCCUACAUCUUCUGAUCAAGAUAUUUCUAUGUACAGAAUCUAUUUAAAUGACAAGUUAAAUGGAGAAAUACAAGCUAACAGCUAUAGUGAUAAAAAUGGAUAUCAAUUUACAUUAACAGAACUUGCUGCCAAUAGAAACUACAAAGUUUAUGUCAAGUCAGUUUGUGGUCAAAGCCACAUUGAACCAGGGAGCAAACAUAUUUUUGUAUUGAGUGACAGCCUUCCCUCCAAUACUCUUACUGUUUGUUCAUCGAAAACUUCUGGAUCACCAAAACUGUAUCUUGAAAGCAUGACUCCAGAUGGAAUUGAUGUAGCCUGGGAAAUACCAGAACAAAAGAGUGUCGUCAUUACGGGCUACCAGAUGUUUAAAAAUAGUCUUUUGUAUGGUUCUGUGAUUCCACCUGAAAUUAAUUCCUUACGAAUCAGAGACCUAACUCUUGGAGACGAAAUUACACUUCAGUUGGUUGCUUUAACAAAACCUCCUCCAACUGAAGACUUAAGCACACAGGAUGUAAAUGAAGAGGUCUCAGAGAAGAUAAACAAAGAGAAAAAGGACAUUUCAGAAAAUCUUAAUUAUUCUUGUUGUGAACCUGGUCAAAAGUUAAACCUUCAUUAUAUUGGGCUUGUCCAGUGUCCAACAAAAGUUUGGUGUGAGAAAGUUACUGGACAUUCGGCUCUUAUUGUCUGGAACAAAAAUGAAGAACUCAAAGCACACUAUGUCCAGCCAGAGAAGUAUCAGCUGACCUGGUGGCCUGGAGAAGAAGCGGAGAAAGGCAUCGGCACAGAUUGUACUGACGAAGACCAUUUUGUACUGACCAAUCUGCAAUCAAACACCAUUUAUACAGUUGUGGUUGAAGCAAGAUCGAUGAAGAAGAUUAGAAACGAGAAUACAGAUAAUGGUGAAGAAAGAAUAUUUAUUUUGUCGACAAAAUCAGAAAAGAUUAAAUUAAAAACAGCCAGUCCUCCAAACCCACCAUCAAAUAUUGGAGUUGUGUCAUCGACUUGUAACAGUGUCAAGUUGGCCUGGACCUCACCAAGAGAACAUGGUGUGGAAAUUACAGGGUUAUACUUAGAGCUGACACCGAUAACCAAUAAUGCAGAUAAUGUUACUGAAUCAGAACUCCAGACUCUGCAACUCAGACCUGAUUCCAAAGAAGUAGUCUUUGAAAAUCUUUCUGAAAAGAGUGAAUACCUUUUCCGUAUCUUUGCUUUAAAUGAUGAAUAUUUUGACUUGCUUCCCAAGAAUCACCGUCUGAAGAAACUACGGUAUAUUCCAGAAGGCACAAGUAUGAACUUAAUAGAAUCCAUGUGGCUGCCAUAUUCUAGCUUUGUCUUCAGAACUUCUGGGACAGAUCCUGCAACGAAUCUGACAGUGUCACACUGUGCAACUACAUCAAUAACAGUUAAAUGGACAAAUGCUGUUGUUCAUGGAACAAACCAAAUUCAAAGAAUUGUUGUUAGGUGGGUUGGCGUUGAAGAAAAGGCUAGUAAUAACAAAGAAUUGUCGAUUAGUCAGCUUGCAAAACUUCCAAAAGAUGCUAAUUUCUUUGAAAUCAAAGAUUUGGCACCAGGUUAUCAGUAUUGUAUUACUGUAGAAACCAUUGUUAAUCUGAAAACUUCCUUAGAUGCCGAUAAUUGUGACAACAAAUGGAGAACUGUUUGUGUUUGUUCUCAACCGCUGGUGGCUUCAACACAGAUAUCCAUUCCAACACCAAAGAUCUAUGUCUCAAGUUAUAAAGGUCCCAUUGUGAAUCUUUUCUGGGAAACACCAAGAAUGACAUCAAUUGUUGGAAAAGAUAAAAAUGGCAAAGAAUUAUAUCAAAAAUGUUAUUUACUUGGUUAUCAACUUAUCAUCAAUGAUUCACUUCAUGCAACUUUGAGACCUGAAGAUAAACAAUGUACUUUACAAAAAUGCAAACCUGGUAAAAACUAUUCUGUAAUUCUAGUUGUAAUGUCCAGCUACCAAAACAAUAAUAAAGUGAAAAAAUGGAAGUGCCACCCAAAGAAUCCACCAAAUAAAUGUUGGCCACUUAUAACGUCUCAGAAUAAUGGUGUUGACUACACUGCUUCAGAACCUCUUAACAUCAAGCUACCAUCAAAGUCAAAAGCCUCAAUAACUUCUGCUAGAGCUAUAUUCCAAGAAAAUGAAGACACAAAUUCACAAGGAAACUUUCUGAUUGACUGGUCAGUCUCUUCCCAAGAAGCCGUCAAAGAGUUUUCAAUCAAGUGGUUUUUGCACAAUGAUCAAGUGACCAUAACCAAAUCACUUAUUGUCAACAAGUUACAUUGUUAUAUCCCAGUGAACAGACUCAAAUCAAUAUAUGAAAUCACAAUUGAAAGUCAUUCUAGAGAGGGAGAGUCUGAAACAUCAGCACAAGCUAUUCAUGCUAUAAGUCCAGGAGAACCUGACCCACCCUUGAUAACACUGGACUCUGCCAGUUCCUCAGUGAUUUGCCUCUGUUGGCAACAGCCUAGAACAUAUGGUGAUGUUACAAUAACAGCUUACCAGCUCUAUGUUAAUGGUGAACCAACAGCUGAGUUGGAUAGUGACACAACUUUUUACAACUACUCCUGUUUAGCAGAAAGAGUUUACAAGUUUAAUUUAGUGGCAUUAUCAGGCAACUGGCAAUAUGGCGACUCAGCAAAGUCAAACACAUUGGUGGUGAUGACAGCAUCGACAAAUGGGUGGAGGAAUGGUAGGCAUCAGUUAAUGUUUCCAGGAGAGAGUAGAAAUGAUCCAAACUAUUUAAAGGCAUCAAAGGUAACGGAUACAAAGAUUCACUUAGAAUGGAACUCUUACAUGGCCCCAGAAGGUUUGGAAUCAUACAAAAUCCAGUGGAGCAGUGUUGCUCAGCCAGAGGCAAAAGAAGUCUGUCUGCUUGCAUCUGAUAAAAGUUGCAUCAUCAAUAAAUGUUUGUCUGGGGUAAUACAUUAUCUACGGCUCAUUUCCGUUGGUCCAAAUGAUAUCAUUCUUGAUGAAUCUCACUACCUAACAACACAGACAUCAGCGCCACCAAAUAUGCCAGCUGUGAUUCUUAGAGCCUGUAAUUUCCAAUAUAUUUCCAUAGAAUGGAACAGACCAUUAGAAUAUGGUGAAGCUAAAAUAAAUGGUUAUCUGGUGUUUAUCAACAAUAUUUUGGAAGCAAAUCUGUCCGAUGACCAAACUGCGUACACUUUUACAGAGGGAGAAUGGUGCAAAGAAUACAGUUUUCAGGUUCAGGCAUUGACUAAUUUUGAAUGGCUCUCAAGUAAAAUCUCAGAUCCCCAAACAGUUCAGUGGCCUGGUGUUGUAGCACCAAUACUGCGAAGAGAUCCACCAUUUGGGCCAGAUCUAACCAUUAGUUGGGAUAAACCCUAUGUUACAGCUGGAAUCAAAAUUAAAUACUUUAAGAUCAUGUGUUCUGAUUGUUCGAGUAGUGACGUAAUAACAACACAUGGACCAAUACUUCCAGAUGUUCAAUCAUUCACAAUUGACGAUCUUGAUUUGGGAUGCUAUUUAAUUACUUUGAAAAUUCAUAUAUAUCACACCAACAAGAUAAUAUGUUCCGAACCAAUUGAAGUGACUCUGUUUGCUGCUAUCUUACCUCCUACCAUUAAAGUUAAUAUUAUAGGCCUUCAGGAACGACAAUUGUUGGAGAAGACAGCAUGUCAACUUCUCAAUGCUCGAGAUAAAUUAAUUAGCAGUUUUAACAAUAUGCAGAAGGUUAGCCGAAAUUCACUGACGCCAACAAGAAAAUCUAAUUCUAGAAAUAGUCAAGAAGUGUUGGCCAUCAAGACUUCUUUGAAACUGGAGAAUUUACUUGAACAGUAUAUCAUUGCUCUUUCCAAUUACACAGGUCAAGUUCUUCUUGAUAUCAGCUGGGAAUGUACACCAUGUAACCCAAAUAUUCAAGUCACUGGUUACCAACUUUUACUUGAUGGACAGAACUUUGGUACUUUAAUUCCUGAACCUAGCAGGAAUUUCAAAACAAUGUUAAAGGUAGACGACUCCAGCCAUACUAUCAGUAUGAUAGCUCAAUAUGAAGAUACUGAACUUUCCAGCCAAGAAUCUAACGUCAUACACCUCGACACAGCUCAAUUUCUACCAUUCACCUAUUAUUGUUACUGCAAAGGACACAUCAAAGAGGCUAAAUGGCCAACUGUUGGUUGCUGCCAAUUCGUGGAUGCUUUAAGCCAGGAACAACAACUCUGCAAGAAACUGUCAAACCCCGGUGUUAUGAAACAAUCAUUCCAGCUUCCUGAUUGCUUGUUAAAGAACCAAACCAACAACAGUUUUGAACCAGUGUUUCCAAUUCAAGGAGCAACAUGUCCAACACUUGUUUUGUUUUGGAUACCAUGGUGCCAUCCUUGCAAGAAGGUUAUGAACUUUUUGGUUACAUUUGUGCGAGAACAUCCAAAUCUGUUCUCCUACCUGUGUAUAAACUGUGAUACCCAGUAUAAAGCAGGAGAUUCUUCUCACCUCACUUCUCUUGAGAAUGACUGGAAUAAAGAACCAGCCAUCAAGCACUAUUCUUCUCACAUGACACUUGGAAACAAACAUCCAGAUGAUGAAUGCACAGAAACAAAAGAUCUUAGACAAUAUCUUGGAAUUGAAGGCGUGCCAAGUAUUCUUUUGACUGAUAAUAUGGGUUUCAUUCUAUGGCAUGGUAGGUUUUGUGCACCGAAUUACAAGUUGUUUUCAUCCUUCCUGCUUCAUGCACUGCAUCAGGUGAACUCAAGUAACAGAAAGAACUGCAUUCAUUGCGAAAUGGAAUAUUCUCAAGACAGUGAUAUAGACUUUAUUCAGCAACUCCUCACAGAAAGUGUUGCUCUCUUGGAAAAGAUAACUCACCGCAAGCAGGUAUUAUCAGGAUCGAAAAUGAAGAAAAUGCUAUUUAAACGAACUAAUAGUAACCAAAGCUAUUAUUCUUUUGAAAAGGAUUUAAAUUUUCAAGAAGACCAGCUCAUUGACUUAAAUAACUCUGGUGAUAAUGAACAGCAAUGAAAUAUGAACAGAUUAUAACAUAAAACAUGUUAUCGUAGUCCAACAAGAAAGCAACACAUCUGCAAAAAUGAAAGCAGAAUUUAAUAAAAUAAAACUACUUUAACAAAAUAUAUUCAUAUUGGCGGUUUCUUUUUAAAUGGCAGUUAUAUAAUUAAGUAGGGUCAUGGGCCACACACACACACACUACCCACAUCUUGUUGAAGUAAAAAAAUAUAUUUAUGUUUGAGUUGAUAACAAUUAAAUAGUGCAAGUUAUUUCUUGUAAAAUAUAAAAGAAACAUUUUACUUGAAUAUAUAAAUAUUAUCUUUUAUAUCUAAUAAUAAAACCAUGUUAUAUACAAUA